AUGGCACAUCUGCUUGUUGAAAAUCUAUCAUCAUCUUCUUCAAACAAUCGACAGAUCACCAGCGCCUCAUCCUGUCAUUGGGCUUUGGAGUCUUGUACUUUAACCGAUCCCAAAGUGAUCGCACUUGUAUGCUUUGAACAAUCAAAUUAUGCGGUCCAUCUCCAUCCUAAAGAUAAACGUGGCUAUCGCUCCAUUGUUCGAUUGAUCAAUAACGACCAAAUAUUUUCAACAAUCAAUCGAGAUUAUACUUCAGUAGAAAGAAUUGGUCUUGCGUUAGCCAUGACUUUAGUCACAGAAGCCUAUAAUCGUGUUGUACCGAUCGCUCAAAAUGCAGUUACAGGAAAUAAUGCUCGUUUGUUAGAUCCGAAAACGGUCACCAUUCAACUGGGUAUAACACAAGAACCAAUUUUUCUCCAUGGUCAUGUGUUUGGAUGCGGCGAUCCAGAAAGAAAAUAUAUUGAUGAUGUUCAAUUAGAUGGUCCUAUUCUUGGAACACUUUUCAAUAUGAACACUUCAUCUCCGAGCGAAUCAGAUCACGAUAAAAAAGUGUCCUGGAAAUCGGAUGAAAUAAAUAUAGUAGUUCGUAGAUUAGAAACUGAAAUUGAAAACAUUCAUCAUGCUUACAAAAUUCACGGACUCACCGUCAUUACCCGAAAUACUUUCUUUAAUAUCUACAUAGUAAGACAUGGUGAAACUGAUUGGAACACUCAAAAGAGACUUCAAGGACACACAGAUAUUGCGUUAAGUGCGAAAGGCAAAUUGCAGGCUUGUCAACUUCAAGAAAAGUUCGCUGGCAUUCAUUUUUCAAAAGUAUUCUCAUCCGAUUUGAUACGAGCGCGUUCAACUGCUGAACUGAUUCUCGGUUCGAACAAAUCAACUAUUAAUGAAACACCACUGCUUCGAGAAAGAUGCUUGGGAACAUGGGAAGGACGUUUUGCUGGUGAAUUAAAAACACACUUGGAACAAACUAUCGAUGUUGACAAUUUCACGCAAGAGGAAUAUUUGUCGUUUAAAUGGGAUGAUACUGCUGAAAGCUAUUCUGAUGCAUAUCAACGACUACAAACUUUUAUCCGAUCCAUUGCAUUUUCUACACCGAUAAGUGAUGAUCCAAUUUUACUUUCUAGCCAUGGUGAAGAACAAUGUAAUAGAAAUCAAACAUUAAUAUUAUUACAUGAACAAAAUAUCCGUGAUUCAUUGUACUAUGAAAACGAAAGAAAUGAAUCUAAUAUUCCCGAUGCUUUCGAAACGUCAGGUGUUGUACUUCGACCGGAUACUCUUAUUAUGUAUAUCAUAUUUGAUAAUACAUUUCAAAUUGGUGUCUUUUGUACUUGGCUGGCUAUUCGAACUAUAAAUUGUACUAAUAAACUGCUCGAUUGGCCUGAUAAUACAUUUAAUAAACUCAAUUCAGAAUUCGAAGGUAUAGCUUACAAUUCAUUAACUGACACGUAUUUUAUUGUACAAGAAACAAUUCCAUCUAAUGUUAGUUCAACUGAAUAUAAUUCAAAUAUUUUUGAAGUUCAAAUAAUAACAAAUGUUACAUUUUCGUCUAUAAAUCUUAUUCAAUCAUGUCGAAUAAAUUGGACAUUUGAGUCGACUUCUAAAGGAUUUGAAGGUCUCGAAUUUAUGAUGCAUCACAAGAGAAAUAAAAAUUAUUUGCUUGCAUUAUGUGAAGGGAAUAAAUGUAAGCCUCAAUCCAAUUCUGAAGACCCAGUUACUAGCCUUGGAAAUGGAAAACUUGUUGUGUUAGACAAACAUGAAACGACUCAUAAUAAUUCUUGUCAAUGGGUAUCAGUAGGAAUAAUUAAUCUACCAUUUGAUGUUAAAUUUCGUGAUUAUUCUGCAAUAUCCGCUUAUAAACAAAACACAUUAACUUAUAUUGCUGUAACAAGUCAAGAGAAUAGUCAAGUAUGGAUUGGUAUAAUAGAAGAAAUCGAUCAGAAUCCAUAUUUUCGAAUAACAUCAUCAAACAAGACUGGUGUGUACAAUUUACCACGAACAAUUGUCAAUGGCAGUAUGUGUGCAAAAGAAUAUUGCAAUAU